AUUCGAAGUCAACGUCCACAAUAAUAAUAGGAGUGAUAAUUCGAGUAAUAAAAACAAGUACGGAGUACAUCUGGACACGUCUUCCGGGCUCUCUGACGCUCGUUCCCUUGAAACAACGUUUCUAUCUCCUCUGAAUUUACCGGCACCGCCGUGCACAUGGCGGCGAUGUCGCUCUCGAACCUCCGCUACUCCGAUAGCCUCACAGUCGUCGGCAUCUCAAUUUGCACGGCUAUUAUCUGCGAGGCCAUCUCGUGGCUCCUAAUCUACCGCACAGCCUCCUACAAGUCCCUGAAGUCCUCCAUCGACAAGGCCUCCAAGAAGCUCGAAACUAUGAAAACUCUCGAAUCUUCCAAUCCUGCUGCACUUCUGACAAGCAAGAAGUCCAAAACUAAGAAAAUCGACCGGGUCGAGACAUCGCUCAAGGAGUCGAGCCGCGACCUGUCACUCUUCAAGUUUAAAUCGGGGUUUGUAGUGGCGGUGGUUCUGUUCCUUGUCUUCGGAUUUCUGAACAACCUGUUUGAGGGGAAGCCAGUGGCGAAAUUGCCCUUUGUGCCGAUUCGGCUUGUUCAGAAGAUGAGUCACCGCGGAUUGCCAGGGGAGGACAUGACAGAUUGUUCAAUGGCUUUUUUAUAUUUUCUUUGCUCGAUUAGUAUUCGCACCAAUCUUCAGAAGUUCCUAGGGUUCUCCCCACCCCGCGGAGCUGCAGGAGCUGGCCUCUUCCCUAUGCCUGAUCCAAAGACCAAUUGAUCACGGGCACUUCAAGAAUCUGUGAAACUUAUGAUUGGAAAAAAGGGCGUGCUGAAGUCCCAGAAUCUAACAAAUGUGUUAUAGUUUAUACUAUUGGCCGAAACCCACAAUAUAAACUACAAAUCACAAACUUUGUCAGUAGUUCGGUACAUACAUGGAAGGAGGUUGUGACUAUCUAGAUUCUAGACCCUUAUAAGAUUAAGGGCCUGUUUGGUAGCCAGAUCUUGCAUAUGAAGUAGAAUAAUUGGUUUUUGACUCUUUUUUGCUCAAAUAAAUACUAGUGACCUUGUUGCCUACCCUCUCCCCCCAUUUCUAAAUAUAAGUAUGAGUCUAACCAUACAUUGAUUUUCUGGUGUAAUAUAAUAUGGCCAUGCAUUUGUCUA